GAAGCGCUCCGAGAAGGCAGCUCGGUUGGAGAUUUCUAACCACGGCCCCGGCAUCGACUUUUCAUUGCUGCUUUCUGUCUUAUACGCCUGCACCGUCUCGUCGCGGGUGACGCGAGCGCCUUCUUUUCGUAUCGCUUUUCAGCCCUUCACGUCGUCGGUAUUUCUUCCAUUUUUAAUCGAGACUUCACGCAGCAACGAACAGCGACAGCAACAACACGCCACCUCACUCUUUCUAGAAUCCAGUAAUGCGUCCCUCUCUCACGUUUCGGUUUGCGGAGUACGUUCCCAAGUGGGCGCCGACGCAGGUGAGCGCUACCCCUGCCAGCGCCUACGCCGUCACACGCGCCUUUCGUGCCACCGAGGCGGCGGCGAUGGCGGCAGACGCGGAGCGGGCCCAAAAAGGCUUUUUCUACCUCCCUCGUCUCGACUACGACGUCGGUCAAGGUGUUGCGCCGCUGAUGUCCAAGAAGCAGUUCGACGUGCAGUACCACGUUUUCCACAAGGCGACGGUGGAGCGACUGAACGCACACACGUUAGGCUCGGAGCUGGAGGGACACAAUCUGAACGUGGUCAUUCGCAACUCAUCUUUCGAUGCGUCCCGUGCGGUGAUUCACGCGGCCGCCUCGGAGCACUUCAACUACUGCUUUUGGUACCGCUCGCUGCGCCCGUGGGGCACCGCCGUCCCGACGCGAUUGAAGGAGGAGUUGCAGCUGCAGUACAGCGAGAACGGUACGCUGGACGCGGUGGAGGAGGUGCGGCGACGCUUUCUAGUGGCCGCACUGUCGCAGCAGCCGUGCUGUGGGUGGGUGUACUUGGUGUGGACAGGCAAAAAGUUCGACAUCCUGGCCUUCGAUCACGGCAUGUGCCCCAUCGGCAGCGAUUUGAUCCCGCUGCUUGGGCUGAGCGUUCGCGAAUCCGCGAUGUGCUUCGACUACGGUUCCCCCGACACCGAGGAGGUGAUAGAGCGCUACGUCAACAACUUCUUCAAGACGUGCAAUUGGGGAUUAGCGGAACAGUACUUUUUGCAAGCGCGUAGGGCUUAA